AUGAGGAAAGAGAUGGACGAACUAAGGAGCGCUAUCAAAGAGAAGACGGAUCGAAGCGUAGACAAAAUGAUAAGGGCUACAGAUUCGCCUUUCACUGCAGCGCAACCACCUGACGAGAUAUUGUGUCAUUCCUUCCCUACGACUCUCAAAGGAGCUGCAAAAGAAUGGUUUACUAAGUUGCCAAACUCGUCCAUAGACAACUUCAAUCAGCUAAGUAGCGCCUUCUUGCGCCACUUCAUUGGGGGGCAACGUCCAAAGAGGCCAGUAGACUACUUGCUCACCGUAAGACAGGGAGAAAAGGAAACUCUGAGGUCAUAUGUCAAACGAUUCACCCGGGAGACUUUGGAAGUGGACGAAGCUGAUGACAAGGUGCAGUUGACGACAUUCAAGGCAAGAUUAAGGUCCAAAGACCUCGUGGCUUCCCUCGCAAAGAAUCCCCCAAAGACGAUGGCGGAAAUGCUUCUAAAGGCACAGAAGUACAUGAAUGCGGAAGAUGCUCUAGUUGCCAUAAAAGAUACUGAGAGGCCAGGAGACAAGGCCAGGAGGGAAGACGACCGUAGGGGGCAAAAGAGAGACAGACCAGAUCGUCGGAACAGUGACGGGAAUAGGAGGAAGGACGAUAAAAAUCCUCGGACCAACAAAUAUUGCCGGUUCCAUAGAGACCACGACCACAACACAGAAGAUUGUAGAGACCUGAAGGAGCAAAUAGAGGAAUUAAUACGGAAAGGGAAGUUACAGAAGUAUGUAAAGAAAGGAGAAUAUAGCAAGUUCAGAGACGACAACAAGACCCAGCGUGAAUCCUUCCCUCGGGAUGACGACCAUUCGUCCCAGCCUCAGCGCAAGGUGAUCGGGGAGAUAAAAACGAUCACAGGAGGACCAUUCUCAGGAGGAUCAUUUAGAUCACUCAAAAAGGCAUACCAUAGACAGGUGAACUGCGUCCACACUAUACCUCCGUCCAAGCACCGACGAACAUGCCAGGACUUGUCCUUCAGUGAAGGAGACGCCAUGGGAGUAAAGAAGCCCCACAACGAUCCCCUGGUCAUAAUGCUGAAUAUAGAAGGAUUCAAUACCAAAAGGAUCCUUGUUGAUAACGGGAGCUCAGCGGAUAUCAUCUACUUCCUAGCCUUCCAGCAGCUGAGAUUAGACCCAAAAAGGCUUCGCCCUUUUGACUCUCCACUCGUCAGUUUCAGUGGAGACAGGGUCUACCCCAGAGGUGAAAUUCCGACAAACAACGGCGUGGGUGAAGUGAAAGGUGAUCAAGUCCAAGCAAGGGAAUGCUAUCAGGCCGUACUGGCAGGAAAGGAGAACCACACGUGGACGAUUGAAGAAAAAGAGGAAGGCGGGAUGGAGGCGUUGGAAACAGUGGAAUUAGUAGAAGAAAAUGCGGACAAGACGACCAAGAUAGGGACGACGCUAAGCCCCGAGAUGAGAUCAAGACUCAUAAAGUUCCUUAAAGAGAAUCUGGAUGUCUUUGCAUGGAGUCACGAGGACAUGCCGGGCAUAUCUCCAGAAGUCAUCCAGCAUAGGCUGAAUGUCGACCCCAGCAGGAAGCCCGUUCAGCAAUGA